CUGAUGGUCUUCGAGGUAUUAAAAUACAGAACCAUCCCACCCAAGUCCAAGCAGAGAAGGAAAAUAGAAGAUGAAGCAGCAGAAGCAGAAUUGGGGGUUGGCAACAAUGAAUCUAAACAAGACAAAAUCGAUGGGGUUGACUACAAUGAAUCUAAACAAUGCAAAACUGAUGGGGUUGGAGAACUUAAAAGGAAGAAGCAUCUAACCCAAGUCCAAGCAGACGAGGAAGUCGAAAAUGAAACAGCAGAACCAUGCAGGAUGUUCAUGGAUGAUGAUGAAGCUGAGCGGAAAAAGAAGAAAAACACAAUAGCUGAAGGGCAGAUUGAGCCAGGAUCGAGUUGGCAGCCAGGCUUAAGUGCUGAACAGCUCAAUAAAACUAGUGGCAAUAUCGAACAAGUCAUUCCUGCAGCCCAGCCUGAGAGUUCAGUCACGUCGCUGGAGAACAUUAGUCGUGAUCCAAAGGAGGUGGAAAGUGUACUUGGUGAAAGAACCUUCUCUGGGAAGUUCAACUCAGAGAGUGAUGUUAAGGUAACGCUCUCAGCAACAAAAAAUUUCCGGGAACGUUUUGUAUGUGGGGCUUGUGGUCAGGAGGGACACAUGAGGACCAACAAGAACUGUCCUAGGUAUGGAAAAGAUUCAGAGCCACAGUUAAAGCCUACCAACAAUUCUAACAUGCGUUCACCUACUUUGGCCGAUCAACCGAUGCAAGUAGAUCAUCCAGAAGAAUGCGGGGAAGCUGAGGCGGGCAACUAUGAAUCUAAACAAGGCCAAACUGAUGGGGUUGGAGAACUUAAAAUGCAGAAGCAUCUAACCCAAGUCCAAGCAGAUGAGGAGGUCGAAAAUGAAACGGCAGAACCGUGCAGGAUGCUCAUGGAUGAUGAUGAGGCUGAGCAGAAAAAGAAGAAAAACACAAUAGCUGAAGGGCGGGUUGAGUCAGGAUCGAGUCGGCAGCCAGGCUCAAGUGCUGAACAGCUCAAUAAAGCUAAUGGCAAUAUCGAACAAGUCAUUCCUACGGCCCAGCCUGAUAGUUCAGUCACGUUACUGGAGAACUUAAGUCGUGAUCCAAGGAGGUGGAAAGUGUACUUGGUGAAAGAACCUUCUCUGGCAACUUCAAUUCAAAGAGUGAUGUUAAGGUAAUGCACUCUGCAACAAAAAAUGUACGGGAACGUUUUGUAUGCGGGGCUUGUGGUCAGGAGGGACACAUGAAGACCAACAUGAAUUGUCCUAGGUUCUUCCAAGAUUUUGUAUGUGGGACAUGUGGUCAGGAGGGACACAUGAAGACCAGCAGGAACUGUCCUAGGUACGGAGAAGAUUUUGUAUGCAGCGCAUGUGGUGAGGUGGGUCACAUGAAGUCCAGCAAGAACUGUCCUAGGUGUGUGAAAGAUGCAGAUGCACAGGUUGAAAGCUCUGGCGCGGAAAGGAUAUCCGGGAAACGUAAGAGUCGCAAUUCCACUGCCCCAGUAAAGAGAAAUCUGAGUGUAAAUUGUAUAAAAGAUAUGCAAGAAAUUGUAAAAAGAU